AUGUAUUUUGGAGUUUCAUUGACUGUUACAGUAUUGAUGACUAUGUUGGAGAGAGCACAAGUGGAAAUUACUCUGCCUUCUUUGGCCAUUAGAAAAUUGUAUUUGGUUAAGGAAAAGAGGUAUUUGGAGGAUGUUAUGGCUCACAAACAGGCCAUACCAUUCCGACGCUUUUGUGGAGGUGUUGGACGUACAACACAGGCAAAGAACAGACAUUCUAAUGGGCAAGGUCGUUGGCCUGUAAAAUCGGCCAAGUUCAUUCUAGAUUUGCUGAAGAAUGCUGAGAGCAAUGCCGAGGUCAAGGGUUUGGAUGUCGAUGCACUCUAUAUUUCUCACAUCCAGGUAAACCAGGCCCAGAAACAAAGGCUUCGUACCUAUCGAGCUCACGGAAGAAUCAACCCUUACAUGUAUUCUCCUUGCCACAUUGAGUUGAUUUUGUCCGAGAAGGAAGAGCCUGUCAAAAAAGAGCCUGAGACUCAAUUGGCAGCAAGCAAGUCCAAGUAAUCGCACGCUUUCUAUUGAGUGAAAAAGUUUGAGAAUUUGAGUCAGCUCAGUGGUUGGAUUUCUUACAAUUUUGAGGAAGUUUUGAUAUUUAGAUGUAUUGGUGGUUUC